UAAGUUUGCUUAGAUUGAUGAUUUCAAAUUCUUUAGUGAUUAGAAAAGUGCCAUCUUGAACAUAGUAUUGCACUCGACCCGCGCGGUCCCGGUCAGUUUCGUGCAUCCAAUAUGGCUGGUCGAGGUGGUUACGAAGAUUCAAGAGAUUAUGGAGGUGGAUAUAGAAGUGGCAGAAAGCCAUUACCAACAGAACCUCCUUAUACUGCAUUUGUGGGAAAUUUACCAAAUGGAAUUGUACAAGGAGAUGUUGAUAAAAUCUUCAAAAAACUUAAUGUUAAAGGAAUCAGAUUGGUUAAAGAUAAAGAAACUGAUAGGUUUAAGGGUUUUUGUUAUGUUGAAUUUGAAGAUUUAGCAGACUUAGAAGCUGCAUUGGAAAUGGAUGGAGCAGUAGAAGUAGAUAAAAGUGUUAUUAAAAUAGAUGUAGCGGAGGGCAAGAGAAAUGAUCGCGGUGGUUUCGAUAGGAGAGGGCGGAGUGGAGGUAGCAGUGGAGGCUUUAGAGGGAGAGAUGGAGGCCGUGGAGGAUAUGGUGAUGAUUUUGGAAGCAAAUCUAUGUAUUCUAGAGGUUAUGUAGGUCAAGGUCAGAGUCACGGUGGAAGACAAGGUAGUACAUGGGAUAUGAGAAGUAACCGGGGUAACUACAGUCAAUUUAAUGAUGAUACAGGAGGUGGAAGUCGAGAAUGGUCGCGUAACGCUUCGUCUAGAUCAUACGGUAAUAGACCAGCUUCACGUGGAACUGGAACUGAACGAAAACCAUUUCAUGAUGAACCAUUUCACAAAGAUCCACCUCCAGCUGAUACAACUGGAAGGAAACGUCUGGUACUAGCACCAAGAACAAUUCAGGAUCCCAUAAAUGCAAUUGCAGAAUCAAGUAAAUCAAGUUCAAUUUAUGGUGGCGCAAAACCUCGGGAGGAAAAAAUUAAUACAGAUGACAAGUAAACAUAUUAUCAUUACUAGUUUCUGAUUCCCUAAAUUUCAGGGAAAGGAACUUUCCCAACAAAAACAUUUGGAAACCAAUACAAGAUCCCUUAGUUUCCUCAAAUGUAGUGGGAAGAAUCUCUUCAGAGAUGAGAAAUUGUAAUAAUUUUUAUUUACCCCUAAGGGGAGUCUUCCCCAUAAUGAUGAAAAGUGAUUUAAUGAGAUUCUUAAGUUCUACGUAUUUGGCAUUUUUAAUUAAGAAUAAAAUUUUUUCAUCUAGUGCCCUAUCUAUUUACACUAACUCUUUAGUUUAAAAAAAUGUAAUAAUAAAUUGGGAACUUAAAGUAAAAAUUGUGUGCACCAUGCAUGCUCGAGUAAUAUUGGUUAUGUGUAAUUAUAUGUAUAUACAUAUGACCAAUCGUAUCAUAUAUGUAUAUAUAUAUAUAUGUACACACGUGCGCGCACACACAGACUUGAAUUAUUUGUGUAUAUAUAUAUAUAUAUAUAUAUACACGCGAUAAUGAUGUGAUACGGAAAAGUACAUUUUAAUGUUCACGUCAAUUUCAUGUUGGGUGUUGUAUCAGUUUAUAAUAAUAUUAAUGGUAUGUGUACAAACUAUUAUAAAUAUAUACUAUCACCAUACAUAUAUUUGAUUCCGUAAAAACUGAUCUUCUAAUAAUAUAGUACUCAAAUAAUCUUUGUUUUAAAGAGUACAAAAUAUUGUCCGUCUUUUCAUUUCCUUCCUUAUAAUUUUUAUGUUUCAUUUUAAUACCAAUCAUUGUAUCUGCUUAUUGAGAUGAUUUAUAAAUAAUUGUUUAAUAUUGAAACUCGAUUUGAUUAAAAAUAUUAAACAUUUAUUUAUGCGCUUGUGAAAUAAUGACAAAUAAUUAUAAAACAUAAAAAAUAUUUGAGUGAUUGAAAAAAAUUAUACAUCACUAAAUAAUAUGAGGAUAAUGUGCCGAUUAUUACGCAUUAAUAUUGUGUAAUGAAUUAAUUUACUAUGCUAGUAAUAAAUGUCAAUCAUUUGAAAAAAAUAUCGAUAAUUAUGAGAUAAAUAAAGAAAAACUUAUGAUAAAACUUAAUGAUAAAUAUAUUAUAUAAAACUAUGCUUGUAUAUGAUAUUAUUUCCUGAAUAAAGUAGUCGUUUGCCUUGUA